ACCCAACCGAGCUCACAGCUGAGCCUGUGCGGGGAAUCCCUCCCUUCCCGUCACCGCUGGGAACUCUGGGAAACCCAGCGACAGCAGGUCGGACAGCGGGGCUGUGGUUACGUCUCCCCCAUCGCUGCCUGGCCGAGGGAGGGAACAUUUCCCGUAGAGCUGGGGAUCCAGGACCAGACUGGAGAAGAGGGGGUGUCUAGUCGUGACUGGCACCGUAAGCCAUGUGUCGGGGGAGGGGAGCUCUAACUCAUUAUAAACCUCCUCCCACGGGUGUGCCUGAUGUACCACACAGACACACUCAGCAACCAGGGCUCUGACCCUCCACGGGCUGUUGCAUCUUGGUGCCCAGGGGACUUGGGGGGGUCUGGCAACAUCAGACUUUCCCCUCUGCACCCAUGGGGCUACCAGGAUUAACAGCAGCCUGGUGGCCACAUCAUGUCUCCAUUCCAUUCAGCUCCUCACUCUCCUUCUGACCUUUGCCGGAGCGCUGGCCUCUUCCUGGAGCUUUACAAACAAGGCUCAGCCGGGAAAGACUGCGAGGAAGUCUUCAGGCAGCUAAAGGAAGCGCUGAAAGGUGGGAAAACCAAGAGUUCCUACCUGAAGUGCUACGAGGUGCAUAAGACCUGGAGUUCAGAGACGUGGGGGAAAAGAAAGGCAGCGUUCGCUGAACUCAUUGCGGUUUUUAAAACUGAACUUCAAGCUACUCACUGUUCUUCUGGCCACUGCUGGGGUGUCAUCCUCUUCCUGGAGCUUCACAUGCAAGACUCACCCGGGAAAGAAUGCGAGAGGGUCUUCAGGGAGCUAAUGGAAUCCCAGAGAGAAGAAAGUAUCAGAAAUCAUCACCUGACGAGCUCUGACCUGGCUUCGUUCCCGUACUGGAAGAUGGUGACAGAAGGAUUUUGGGAGAUAGCUCACUGCAUCUGGGAAUGUGAACGGGAAGCUGCAGGAUUCGUAGGGAACAUGUCGAAUCUCUUGUGGAAAAUCGCAUUCUGCCUCAUCACCCCUUUGGAUCCACAAAACCCAUCUCUGCCCACCCACCGAUGUUCAAGGGGGAAAAGGCCGAAUGUGUCCACAGAGUCUUCCCAGCUUUUUGUUUGA